AUGAAACGCUCCGAAAAGAUCAAGGUGUUCGAGUUGCGCAACAAGUCAGAUGCCGAGUUGCUUCAGCAAUUGGAUGAGUUGAAGCAGGAACUCGCCACUUUCAGAGUCUCCAAGGUCACCGCCACCGGUACCUCCAAACUCUCCAAAAUCACUGUGAUCCGCAAAGCAAUCGCAAAGGUACUCACAGUCUACAACCAACGCAAGAAGGAGGAAGAGAGAAAGAAGUACAAGAAACUCUCCAAGACACCACUCAACUUGAGACCAAAACUCACAAGGGCAAAGCGGAAGGCACUCACCGCUAAGCAAAAGCAAAUGAAGACGCUCAAGGAACGCAAAAAGAGUGAGAACUUGCCAAAACGCAAGUUUGCCGUCUUGUCUUAA